AAAAAGAAGAAAGAAAAAAGAGGAAAAAAGUGCAAAAGAAGGAAAGAAUAUAAGGAAGAAAAAAUAAAAAAGGGGGUAGAGAGAAAGCAGUCUCCCUCUCCUCAGCUGCAUCAAAUACAGCGGUCUGAAACUUUAUGGAGUUCUCGCAGUGCUUUCCGCGCGGUGGGUAGAUCGGCAGCACCUCGCUCGCUCCUUCCUGCUCUUUCUCCCUCGCUCUCAUCAGCAGUCAGCAGCGAUGGAAAAAGUUGCUGGCUGGUACCCAGCCUGGCACGUUGCUCUCCUGUACUGGACAUGGCUUUUCCUCUUCACUUUUGGCUUUACCGGCGCAGAAAUAACUUGCAGAUCCUGCCAUUCCCAGGUGAAGCCGCAGCAGCAGCAUCCGCAGCAGGGAUUACCGAUGCAUUUGAAGACCGACAGAGGAGAAAGGGAACGGUGGAGGAUCCCGGGGGAGCUGGGAGGUGAGAGAGGGCAAGGGGCCGGGAUGGAUACGGAGGAUGCCGAACUACAAGCACCCUUCGAUCCUGCUCUGGCGGGGACCAAAUUCAGCGGCUGGAAGACCCGGAGCUGGGCGAGAGAGCCUGAGAAAGCGUCCGGGAACGACCGGCCCGGAGCAGCGGCGGCUCCUACCGGGGAGUACCCUCACCGAGACCAGGCGGGCGGCCAGCGGAACUCGGCCCGGCGGCGGCGGGGCCGCAGCCCGCGGGGCACGGCGGGGCCGGGCGGCGCCGCGGGGCGGGAGCCGGGGGGCUCCGGCGCCGCCCGCUUCGGGCUGGAGGAGCUGCGGCUGGGCAGCACCACCUUCGCCCUCACCGGCGACUCGGCGCACAACCAAGCCAUGGUUCACUGGUCGGGGCAAAACAGCAGCGUGAUUCUAAUUCUGACAAAGCUGUACGACUACAACCUGGGAAGCAUCACAGAAAGCUCUCUUUGGAGGUCAACAGAUUAUGGGACAACAUAUGAGAAACUGAAUGAUAAAGUUGGCCUGAAGACCAUUUUGAGCUACUUAUAUGUUUGUCCAACAAACAAACGUAAGAUUAUGCUGUUGACUGAUCCAGAGGUCGAGAGCAGCUUACUGAUUAGUACUGAUGAAGGUGCCACAUAUCAAAAAUAUCGUCUGAACUUCUACAUUCACAGUCUUCUCUUCCACCCAAAGCAGGAAGACUGGAUCUUAGCAUAUAGUCAAGAUCAAAAGUUAUUCAGCUCAGUGGAGUUUGGCAGAAGAUGGCUGCUUCUUCAUGAAGGAGUUGCACCAAACAGGUUCUACUGGUCUAUGAUGGUGUCUGGUAGAGAGCCAGAUCUUGUGCAUCUGGAGGUGAAGACAGUGGAUGGUCAUGCCCAGUACAUCACCUGUAAGAUGCAGAACUGCAGUGAAGCAGCACAAAACAAACCUUUUCCAGGCUACAUUGACCAUAACUCCCUGAUUGUCCAGGACGACUAUGUCUUUGUUCAGCUGACAUCAGGUGGAAGACCACAUUAUUAUGUUUCUUAUAGGAGGAAUGCUUUUACACCGAUAAAGCUGCCGAAGUACUCCUUGCCCAAGGAUAUGCAUGUUAUCAGCACAGAUGAGAGUCAGGUGUUUGCAGCUGUUCAAGAGUGGAACCAGAACGACACAUACAAUCUGUAUAUCUCUGACACCCGAGGGGUGUACUUCACCCUGGCAUUGGAAAACGUCAAGAGUAGUCAAGGGCUGGAUGGGAAUGUGAUGAUUGACCUCUAUGAGGUAGCAGGGAUAAAGGGAAUGUUCUUGGCUAACAAGAAGAUUGACAACCAAGUGAAAACUUUCAUCACCUACAAUAAAGGGAGAGACUGGAAUUUGUUGCAGGCUCCGGACACUGAUCUGAAAGGAAACCCUGUUCACUGUCUCCUGCCCUAUUGCUCCCUUCAUCUUCACCUGAAGGUCUCAGAGAAUCCCUAUACUUCAGGAAACAUUGCCAGCAGAGACACUGCCCCCAGCAUUAUUGUAGCUUCAGGUAACAUAGGCCCUGAACUAUCAGACAAUGACAUCAGUAUGUUUGUUUCUUCUGAUGCUGGGAACACAUGGAGACAGAUCUUUGAGGAAGAGCACAGUGUUCUGUACUUGGAUCAAGGAGGAGUACUGGUUGCCAUAAAGCACACGUCUCUGCCUAUCAGACAUCUCUGGUUAAGUUUUGAUGAAGGGAAAUCUUGGAGCAAGUACAGUUUCACAUCACUCCCACUGUUUGUAGAUGGAAUUCUAGGGGAACCUGGAGAGGAAACUCUCAUCAUGACAGUGUUUGGACAUUUCAGCCACCGCUCGGAGUGGCAGCUAGUGAAAAUUGACUACAAGUCCAUUUUUGAUCGGAGAUGUGCAGAAGAAGACUACUGGACUUGGCAGCUCCACAGCCAGGGAGAAGCUUGCAUCAUGGGAGCAAAAAGGAUCUACAGGAAGCGCAAGUCAGAGAAGAAAUGCAUGCAAGGAAAAUAUGCUGGGGCUAUGACGUCAGAGCCAUGUGUAUGCACAGAUGCUGACUUUGACUGUGACUAUGGAUAUGAACGUCACAGCAAUGGGCAGUGUUUACCAGCAUUUUGGUAUAAUCCAUCUUCCUUGUCAAAAGACUGCAGCCUUGGACAGAGUUAUCUCAACAGCACAGGGUACCGAAAAGUCGUUUCUAAUAACUGCACGGAUGGUGUGAGGGAGCAGUACACAGCAAAACCACAGCAGUGUCCUGGCAAAGCUCCCCAGGGACUUCGGAUAAUAACCUCUGAUGGCAAACUUACGGCUGAACAAGGACACAAUGUCACUUUUCUGGUACAACUGGAAGAGGGAGACCUCCAAAGGUCCCUCAUUCAGGUGGAUUUUGGUGACGGCACCGCUGUUUCAUAUGCCAAUCUCAGCUCAACAGAAGAUGGGAUCAAACACACCUACCAGAAUGUGGGCAUAUUCCGAGUGACUGUUCUGGUGGAAAACAGCCUGGGAUCUGACAAUGCUGUCCUCUAUCUGCACGUAACAUGUCCCUUGGAACAUGUUCAUUUAUCUCUUCCAUUUGUCACCACAAAGAACAAGGAGGUCAAUGCCACAGCAGUACUAUGGCCAAGUCAAGUGGGAACACUUACUUAUGUCUGGUGGUUUGGGAACAACACAGAGCCACUGAUCACUUUGGAAGGGAGCAUCACUUUUACAUUUUCUGUGGAAGGGAUGAAUACCAUCACUGUUCAGGUUUCAGCAGGAAACACUAUUCUUCAGGACACAAAGACCAUCGCUGUAUAUGAGCAAUUCCGGUCCUUGCGGUUAUCAUUCUCCCCAAAUCUGGAUGAUUACAAUCCAGAUAUCCCAGAGUGGAGAAGGGACAUCAGCCGUGUAGUCAAGAGAGCUCUGGUGGAGGCAACAGGUAUUUCAAGCAAGCAUAUUCUGGUCGCAGUGCUCCCUGGCCUGCCCACAUCUGCUGAACUCUUCAUUUUGCCAUAUCAAGAUGCCACUGGGGAAAACAAAAGAACAGCAGAAGACCUAGAGCAGAUUUCAGAAGUACUGAUCCAGAAACUGAACCAGAACUUGGUCCAUUUUGAGUUGAAGCCAGGGGUUCGAGUCCUCGUCCAUGCUGCCCAUUUAACAGCAGCUCCCCUGGUGGACCUCACUCCCAGUCACAGUGGUUCAGCAAUGCUGAUGCUCCUCUCUGUCGUUUUCGUGGGACUAGCCGUGUUUGUAAUCUACAAAUUCAAAAGGAAGAUUCCUGGCCUUAAUAUAUAUGCACAGAUGCAGAAUGAAAAAGAUCAAGAGAUGGUCAGUCCAGUCAGUCAGAGGGAAAACAUACCUAAUGUCCCUCAAAGUGAGCUGAUGAGCCCUGAGCAACUAGUAGAUGAGAAGUUGGAUGUCCAGCCCAUAGAGCAACCCCAGGCCACAGUCCAGAACCCAAGGAAAGGAAAUGCAGCCAAGGUAGUCUGGACAGAGGACUUCCAAAAGGCUUGUGGAUCACCAAGAGGUUUCAAGCCAAGACCCGGAGCGGAAGUAUUUCCACAGCUGCUGAGCCCCAGAGCACAAAAGAAAUCCCUACCUAUGUAAAUGGUUGAAUUGAGGACAACGAUAUAUAUCUAUAUUGGAGAAAAAAAAGAGAACUCAUUGCAUUUGGACUUUUUAAUUCUUCAGAUGACAAAGGGUUUUUAGCUUUAAGCCUGUGCAUGUGGACAUUAUACUGAGACCAUAGCAGAACUGCAUUGUACAGGUGUUCAAUUUUAGUGGGGGGUGGGGGGAGGAGGAACUGAUAUCACUAUUCACCCCUACAGCCCUUUCCCUCACCCCUCCACUCUCUUUUCUUCUGAUCUGUCUCUAAUUUGUAGAAAAUUCAUAACGAUAUAGGCCAAGAAUAUGCAUGGGGGUCUCUUCUUUAGGGAGAUGGGUGGGCUGGGAUUUGUGGGGAGAAGAGCUGGGGAGGUGGGAGGGAGCACUUAGGGUUCUUGGCUUUAGAUUUAACAGCUCUUUUAGCACUUUGGGCUGGGGGAGGGCUAGCCACCCCAGCAGACUUUCAUAGGACACAAAAGAAAUCACACUGGAGUUUAAAGGCACUGAAAAUCUUCUUGGAUCAGUCUGGUUUAUGUCUUAGUUUGGACUCUGCCCUUCAUUCCUCUAGCUGCAGCUGCUGCCCGUGCCCCAAAGUUGAGCUAAAACUGAGUAUGAGCUCGGGCAAUCCCAACUGCAAAGCCAGGCUCCUUCUUAUCAAACAGCUGUUUAGCCUACUCACACCAAGGCACCUCUUUGAUAGUACUAUUUGGAAAUAACUUUCUGCCUCCUAACCUUGGACUGAACAGAAUUAGGAUGCAUUACAGGCAGGUAGGUCUGUAUUGCCAGCAUGAACAUACUUACACUGUGUUUUGUACCAGUGUUACACCUUAAAUUCUGACUAAGAUAAAAUCUAAUAAUGCUCUAUACUGCUUUUAUUGUUUAUCUUGGGAGUUGUCUGGGGAGGUCCAGGAGAUCCCUGCCUUUUGGGAGUCACCCCAAGGCCUGCCAUUUGUUUGAAAGACAUCUGUCCACAUAACAGGGAGCAGGGGGAACAGUCUGUUUGCAGUUUCUCAUUACUUUCUUGGAAAACCUGUUUGUUUUCUGCAAACUACUACUGUUUGAGGUGGAAGAGGGGAGAGCUAAGCUGCAUUAGGUUUGAGCAUGUUCCCAUAUAUUUUGAGCCCUGGCACUGCAGGACAGUUGUUGUACAAGGUCUGAGUUCCUACCAGUAAUGUACGUGGUGUCCUACAUUGCAACUGGAAAUGUGACUUAAGGGCAUGUGUAUGUAGGCUACACAGAAGAAUGGGGAAAGCAAAGUUAGCACACCUCAAACAAGUCCUUCCAGAGCACCAGGUAUCUGACUGAAGCCUAUCCUAUGGCCACCACGAUUGCUGAUUUACAACACCACUCAGGUAAAUUCAGAAAUAAGAUUUUGGUUUUAAGUGCAAAGAAAGAAAUACAGUUGCCAAUCCACAUUUAUUAGCUAUGCUAGGUGAAAACCAGUAGCAGACAGUUCAUAAUUGGUGUAGCAGGAUUAGGAUGCACCCUGAUUCCUGAUAUGAAUAUGUUUUGUUCAAUGGAUGUUACACAAGGCAACCUUUGUCAAAUAUGGGGCAAAACAACAUUCUUGGCAUUGCUUGGGGUCCUGGAGCUGGGGGGGAUGAUUUUGAAUUUCUCUGUCACAAAUUGGACAUCAAGACCACCCACCCUCCUAGCUGGCAAAAAAACCCAAACAAACACAAAACAAAUAUAAGAGCAUCUAUCAAACCUAUAGUAGGCAAAGGACGAUCACAGCCAGAAGUCCUCUGCCACUUUCUCUAGUCUCUCUGCAGACAGGUAGAAACACAGCAGUUUAUAUGGCUUUGCUAUUGUGUUUGCAACUACAGCUUUAAGAAAGAUGGGAAAGUUUUGGUAGCAACUGUAUAAUAAUCCCCACUGAAGUCCAACAUUAGCCAACUUAUUUUUAUAGUAAGCCAAUCAAAAAGUUUUCUUAUAGUGUUUGAACUAUUUCUAAUUUUAAAAUUACUUUUUUUUGAUGUAUUUUUUCAUCUUUUUUUUCCCUUUCGUUAAAUACAAUGUAGCGUAAUGUAUUGCUAUUGUUUAUUGCUUUUACAGUCAUAUUUAUUAAACAGAUUAUGUCUCUAAA